CUCGCUUUCCAAGCUCCCACGCUUUUUCCCCUCGACGCUCUCAUCCCGUCUACCCUGGCCGCAUUGAAUUGGAAUGUGCGACAGAUUAGCUCUGUUCUCCUCGAGGCUCUGCUUUCCCCCUCUUAGCAGUUCGCGAACUUGCUCCUCGGCUCGAGGGUUGACUGGGGAACGCCUUUUCCGGUCUUCCGACCGACACCACCUGGUUUGUUACCCGCGUCCCGCCGAGAAGGGCAGUCUCUGACAGCCCCCAAAUAAUUGUCGGGGCGUGAUGGCUUCCCCCGCCGCCUCUGCGACUCCUUCUGUUCCGCCUUUGGCCUGCAAGCCCGCUGUCGUAGCGCCCGCUUCCUCACCCGGCCCGGGUACCCCCGGCUCUGUUACCUCGAAAGAAUGGGUUAUCCCACCACGCCCCAAGCCUGGACGCAAGCCCGCAACUGAUACUCCACCUACAAAGCGCAAAGCACAGAACCGUGCGGCUCAGAGAGCGUUUAGAGAGAGGCGAGCUGCUCGCGUCGGCGAACUAGAAGAACAGAUUAAGCAGAUCGAAGAAAAGAACGAAAUCCACGUAACCGAACUGAAAAAUCAGAUUGCGAACUUGUCCCAUGAGCUGGAGCGAAGCAGACAUGAGAUUAGCUGGUGGCGCGACCGAUGUCAUGCCUUGGAGAAGGAGAUUGGCGCUGGAAAAAAGGCCAAAGAUUCUCUCAUGAAAAGUGUCAGACAGUCUAAUGAGGACCCAACAAUAUUUGGUGAUCAAAUGUCUUUGUCGCCUCAUCCCCGAAUACAGAACUCCCAGACCAAUCGCCGGUCUAGCGGCCAAAACGAUCAGAAUACCUCUUCCAGUAACGAGACAGAUGAUGUUCCAUUGGGCUGUAGCCGUUGCUCUUUGGCUCAUUGUCAAUGUAUCGAAGAUGCAUUCGCCAUUUCUGGAGUUGAAACUGGUGUCCAAGAUAGCUCCAGGCAACACCAGCUUUCCGAACCUAAAGUGAAGGCGGAGCCGGAGGAAAUGGAGAUAGAUUUCACAUCACGGUUCUCGGCCUUUCAUCCCCAAAAUGAUGAGUCUUCCAUUUCUUCUCCUGCAGUUGAUCCAUGCGGCUUCUGCCAGGAUGGCACUCCGUGCAUCUGCGCCGAAAUGGCUGCCCAGGAAGAACAGCGACAGAAGCAGUCGCGCCGCCUUUCUUUUGACAGCCGUAACCGUCUUGCUCCCAUUCAAAAUAUUUCCCAAUUCACUCCUCCACCCUCAGACAGCGAUGCUCGCUCUGAGGUUACCCUGCCUCCCAUAAGCCAAACCACAAAUCUCUGUGCUAAUGGCCCGGGAACCUGUGCUCAAUGCCAAGCAGACCCAAGGAGUACCCUUUUCUGCAAGUCCCUAGCAGCUGCUCGCUCUGCGACCUCUAAUUCCGGCUGCUGUGGUGGUAAAGGCCCUGAGGGCGGAUGCUGUCAGUCUCGCAAUCCAUCCGCUAACCAUGCUAGUGGGUCUAGUGGCACCACACCUUUGACUCUCUCCUGUGCAGAUGCCUUUACUACAUUAUCACGACACCCAAAUUUCUCUCGUGCUUCAGACGAGAUUGAUUCUUGGAUCCCCAAACUUUAUACCCUGCCGGAGCCUCAUGGGCCAUCCGUUAGCUCAAGGCCGACCAUGGAAGUCGAAGCUGCAAGUGUCAUGGGUGUCUUGAGAUACUUUGAUCGGCGAUUCGCCGACAAAUGAUUUAUGUCGGGUUUGAUUUGGAUUCGGAUUUUAGGUCUAAUGUUUGCUGUGCCCACGAUACCCAAUAACCCUACCGGGCAAACAACACUGAGAAAAGAAAAAAAAAAUUAAAAUGGUUCUUAAUGUACAUUGGCUGGUUCAAUCGGUCCGUCCCUACCUGAUGGUCAGUGCCAUGUUCCUCCGCAGAUGAGGCGGACACACUUGUGGGGAUGGCAGGGGCACAAGUUCCUUUUUCACGUCUGUUUCAUGAUGAAAAAAAAGAUGUCCUUUUUUUGUCUAUAUGUGCGAUUUUCUUUCCAUGCACUGGACAUUUCUCAUUCUAUUCACUAUUGGAAGCUUUUUUUUAAAAAAAAAGCUUUCCCCUCUGUUCGUCAAAUCUGGAUUUCAAGCCUGGGUCGUAUCUUAUGUUUCCUGCCUAAUGUGUCUCAUUAUUGAUUACAUGAACUAAACUGUAGUGGUGAAAAAGGGGGUUGUCUAUAUCUUGCUAUGUAUUUUCUUUUCCACGUUGUUUAUGUUAUUCCAAGCUCUCGGUGAUGUCUUUAUGUGUUCAGGAAUGCGGUUUUAUCAAACGGUAUUUUUUUCGAUAGUGGUUAUAAUUAGGACAAUCCUUCUACGAGUCCCU